CCAUGAUGAAAAUCAGCUAAUGCCCAGCAAUAUUCUUCUGUUUAAGGGGUACAAGGAUACUUGUUCAUCGAGUCAUGCAGAGGAAGAACAGAGUAUAAGCAGAACAUCUCUGUAUCAGGAAGUCAGUAAUUCGUAUAUGACAAUUAAAAAGCAGCAACAAGAUGUCUUAGGUUUCUUGGAAGCCAACAAAAUUGAAUUUGAGGAAAAGGAUAUCGCUGCCAACGAGGAGAAUCGGAAAUGGAUGCGCGAGAACGUCCCUGAAGACAGCCGGCCAGCCAGCGGGAACCCCCUGCCACCCCGGCUUUUCAACGACAGCCGGUACCUCGGGGACUACGAAGCUUUCUUUGAAGCGCGAGAGAACAAUGCAGUAUAUGCGUUUUUAGGCUUGACUGCACCACCUGGUUCAAAGGAAGCUGAAGCACUGGCAAAGCAGCAAGCAUGAAUUUCAACUGCCUUAAAUGUUCUGUAAAGGGAAUUUCCACAGCUUUUUAUAAAAUGGUACAAUUGUCUCUGCUUCAAGAAAUGUAGAUGUGAUUUCUAACAUUUGAUUGGUGCUUGCAGCAUUCACCGUACAUAAUACAAAUUUGAACACAAGAUGAAAAUGUGAACAUAGAGAGCACGGAGUGUA